UAUGAAGGUUUUGAUCGCUGUAUUGUUGGUUGCCUCCGUAGCAGCAGAGCAAAAGCGCGAGGCUGAGCCUUCUUAUGGUCAUGGCGUCGGCUUUCCCCUUCCCCAUGGCGUUGUUAGUGGUCGGCAGUAUGGCGUCGGGUAUGGGCACGCAGCCAUAGCUCAUCACCCAUAUGGCGGUCGCUCCUUUGUACACAGCUUCAGCCACAACCUCCACAAGCGAGAAGCUGAACCUGGUUACAGCCAUCCAGCAUAUAAUUAUGGAUACGGUCAAUCCUAUGGAUACGCACCAGCCAUAGCUCACCAUCCAUAUGGCGGUCGUUCUUUUGUCCACAGCUUCAACCAUAAUCUUCACAAACGAGAAGCUGAACCUGGUUUCGGCCUACCAGCAUAUGGUUAUGGACAUGGUGGAAGGAUCGGCUAUGGUAUUGGUCAUUCCUAUGGAUACGGUCCAGCCGUAGCUUACCACCCAUACGGCGGUCUCUCUUUCACUCGAUCCUACAACCACGUGCUCCACAAGCGUGACGCUGAUCCAAGCUUUGGUCACACAGGAUCGGUCUACGGCUACACCAGCUCCGUCAGCCAUCCAGGAUACGGCUAUUCGUACCAGCAGAGCCAUGGAUUUGUACCCACACAUUACGCUUUAUACUAGUUUCAUUACUCAUGAAAAGGUGUAGCAUGUUGUAAAGUUUAAUAAGAUACAUAAGAGUCGAUACACUUUUUGUUUACAUUUAUUUGCAUGAGAUAUUCAAAAUCUGUCGAGAAUUGCGAGCCCGUGUGUGUGUGCAAAUGAACUUGUUCACACGCCAAGCACACAUACGCGCAUACACAUAGAGUGAACCAUGAAGACACUAGUCAGUGUAUUCUCCGAGUUAUAAUUCAUGUAUAAAGAUGAUAAAUAAAUAGCUAUAUAAAUAUCAAA